GUUGGCAUUGCGAAAAAUUCAAACGCACGACUACACAUUUUAAAUGAACGAAUGCUUGGGUUAUACUCUAUUGAAAUACACUCACAAGGAUACACUCAUAAGGAAAACGAUAUGCUUUGUUAUACGAGCUGAGUCCUGUCGGGAUCUAAAGACGUGUGAGACUAUUUCACUCGUCGCCAUUACUUCUUUCCUCUACUCGAUGCAACCCACUAAUAAUACACACAAUGGCAAAUGAGUCUACCACAAUCUCCGCGGUGGAAAAUGACACGUUUAUUGUCAGUACCAUGUUCGAGAAUUUUACUGAUGAAACUUCCUCCAGCUUAAUGUCAGGGGACACUUUUACAACUGUGACGAAAUUGUUUCAAAGUACAAGUUUCACCACCCCGUACGGGACGUCUACCUCUAUGGGGGACGGUCAAACUUUCCGCUUUGAAGACUACACGCAGCGAACCAUCAUCGGCAGCCUCCUCUGCUUCGUGGCUUUGGCUGGCUUCGUAGGGAACGUCUGGGUGAUUCUGGCCGUUGUCUUAUACAAGAAGCUCCAGACCAGCACCAAUGCCUUCAUCGUCAACCUCGCCACGGCCGACCUGAUAACAUGCAUCACGUCACCAUUCUCUGCGGUGGCGUUGUUCAGCAUGAACGGCUACCCAUUGCCUGGGUUGGUUUGCUCCGUGUCAGCUGCCAUAUACUUCAUUACCCUUGGAUGCAGCAUCAUGAAUCUUACCAUCAUCGCCAUCAACCGCUACGUACUCAUUACCAAAUCCAUGCAGACAUACCAGUCUAUCUACACACCCAAGAAGAUAGCAGCCAUGAUGGUGAUGACGUGGUUGUAUCCAGCAUUGGUCUGUUCCCUUCCCCUCUUUGGUAUCGGUAAAUGGGGCUACUCGGACAAGUACAAGACUUGUGCUGAAGUUAGCUCGAGUAAGUUCAGCGAUCUCUUCAGUCAGCUGGGAUCUGCUCUCAUAUUCCCCAUUCCACUCAUCAUUCUGUUCGUCUGUUACUUCAAGAUCUACCGCUACAUCACAGGCCACAUGAAGAAGAUGAUGGGAGGGGGCACAGAGAUGUCUGACACUUCCAACCGUUCCAGCACCAGCAGCACUCAGCUGCACAGGAAACGAGCGGCAAGCUUUAGCAAGAGACAGGUUGAGAUCACAAAUAAUCUCUUCAUUGUGGUGUGCGCCUUCGUCGUGUGUUUCGCCCCCUUCGCCGCCGCUAUACUGAUACCGAACAGCGAUCCGGCCCUCCCGUGGACCGGGAUGUUUGCAGCCUUCAACAGUGCCGUCAACCCCGUCAUCUACGGGGUGAAACACCCGCACUUCAAGGAGGUGUUCCGUCACAUGCUCCGGUGUCGGUACCACGCGAUUCCAGAACCAUCUAGCUGUCUCAGAAAGAUGAGAUCAACAUAGACAGUAGACACAACUUCGAAUGGGCACCUUUUCUAUCAUUUCACAACGUCAAAUGAAGUCUUUUAUUAAAGGCAGUGGACACUAUUGGUAAUUGUCAAAGACUAGCCUUCACAGUUGGUGUAU